CCGCAGACCCCCAGCGAGCCUUCGAACCCCCUCAAUGUGAGGCUGGCACACCUCACUUACAGUCGAACGCUGGACGCCAAUGGCAAUGCGCCAGGACUGGGUCACACCCCGCCCUCCUACGCUCAGCCAAUGACAAACGGUCUGACAGGCCCCCCCACCCCGACUCUCUCGGACCCCCCACUGGGUCCCCCCCCCCUCCCAGACAGGAUACCGGCCUCCAAUCACAGCGACUCUGAUGGCGGGAUUUCCAAUGCUGGGACACGAAGUCGCAGGUCUUCUCUGAUUCGCUACAGCAGCAGCACUCUUCCCGCCCUCUCGUCCUCCUCCCUCCUCCACCAUCAGAGCUCCAAGUCUUCAGAGAGCGACUUAUCAACGUCAACGCUCCCCAUCUCCUCCUCCACUCUCCCUCUCUCCUCCUCCUCCUCCCACACUCUGUCCAAACUCCCUCUCUCUCAGCCAGAGUUGGGUCUACUGCUCCAAAACUCCACCAGCCCCACCACCACCACCCCCAUCACCUCCUCCUCCUCCUCCUCCUCCACACCUCCUGGAGCUCCGGUUCAGCGCCCAGCAAUGCCUCAGACCUCCGUCGCCCUCACCCCACCCAGAGACGUCCCAUCCUGCGGCUUCAACGGCUGUCCGGCCAAUCACCAAACCCCCUCUCCGAGCUCCAGAGGAAACCCAGGGUUGGCGCUCCCUCUCGGGGCCGUUUCCCCCGGGUCGGCUCCUGGUGGAGAACUCGUCCCGGUGGCCCUCGGGCGCAGCGAGAGCGGAGGGAUCGGGUUCAGUGUGACGGCGGGGGGGCAGGGGGGUCAGUUCGCCGUGGUGAGGAGGGUCUGGGAUCGAAGGCACUGCCCCUCGCUGCAGGCCGGCGACACUAUAGUGAAGAUCAACGGAGCAGAUGUGCAGAGCCUCAGCUUCUCUCAGGUCCAAAGAACCCUGCAGGAACACACCAAACAGGGAGAGGUGGUGCUACUGGUCUACAGAGGAGGUCCGAUGUCUUCCCCAGCCGUCACCCCAAAUAUCUACAAGACCCUCCCCUCCCCACACAGCCUGGCCACUCCUUCCUCCUCCUUCCCCCCAACUUCAGCCGACUUGCCUUCCACAUCCACGGGUGCCUUGCUGGGGGGCGUCCCCCCACUCAGCCAGGCUGGCUUGGCCCUGGAGGGUCCUCAGGAGGGGCACCUAGCAGCCAUAGGGACCCACCAAGGGGCCCCUCCUGCGCAGACGCCUAACGGGCCCCCAGCCUCGGCCCUCAUCCAGAGCACCAGCUUCCUGGACUCAGUUCCUGUGACGCUAACCUUAGAGCCGCGGGACUUACUGGGCGUAGAGGAGAGCGCCGGCGGGCCUCCCCCCAGCAGAGGGGGAGGAGCGAUGGGAGCGAUAGCAAAGGAUGGAAGAGGAGGAGUAAAGACGUUGGAGGUGGAGCUGAGGAGGAGGUCGGGAGAAGGAUUCGGAUUUGUCAUCGCCUCUCAGGAAGUGAACGGGGCCCCCUCCCUGUUGUCUCACCGGUUCGUGACGGUGCGUCGCGGCAGCCCGGCGGCUCGCAGCGGUCAGAUCCAGCCUGGAGACCAACUGGAGACGGUGGAGGGCCGGGCCGUCGGGGGUCUGCAGCACCGAGACCUCGCCCAGAUCCUGAGGAGAGCCGGGAACACCCUGAGACUGAGCAUCACUCCCAGACACCACUCGUCCACCGUGUCAGAGGGAGCAGAUCUGGAUAUCGACAGCCGGGUGAUGAAGGGAUCCAGAGGGAGGCCGAAGGAGGAGUCCAGGUUCUACAGCGUGGAUCUGGAUCGAGGUCCUACAGGUUUUGGUUUCUCUCUGAGGGGGGGCAGCGAAUACAACAUGGGGCUGUAUGUACUGGGACUGAUGGAGGCGGGGCCGGCCCAACGCAGCAACAAGAUACAGGUAUCGGACCAGCUGGUGGAGAUUAAUGGAGACAGCACAUCAGGGAUGACCCACAGUCAGGCUGUGGAGCAGAUCAGGAGAGGAGGACAUCGAAUCCACCUCGUGCUCAAGAAAGGAAACGGAUACGUGCCCGACUACGGCCCUGAGGAAGGAGCCCUCUCCCCCUCUUCCUCUUCACACACAGAGGAGCCAGAUGUGGAAACAGUGACCAUGAGAACCACCUCCCUCAGCCAGCAGAGGGGAGGAGGCGGCGGUACCGGAGGAGGAGAAGGAGUAGGAGAGAGGAGGAAGACGAGGAGAGAGGGAGAAACCAAACGAAGAACAGGAGGAAGAGUAGGAGGAGAAGGAGGAGGAGGGUUAGGGCCUCCUGAUCUGGACCUAGAUGUGGUGGAGGAAGAGGCCAGGAUGGAGGAAAAGGGGGAGAGGAGUAAGGAGGAGGAGAUGAGGAGAAAAAGUCAGACUGUCAGGCCGAAAGAGAAGCUGGAGAACCAGAGGGAGCAGGGGAAGAAGAGCAGGAGCUUACCCAGGAUCAGUGCCCGAUCCUGGGACACGUUGGUGCCGCAGGAGGUGGAGGAGUCUGCAGAAGAAGUGAAGGAGAGGAGGAGGAAGAGGAGCGAGACGAAGAGCAGGAGGAGGGAGGAGUCCAUGGAGCAGAGAGAGGACAGGUCAACCCGCAACGCAAAGCAUUCUGGGAGCUCAGGUGCCCCAUUCUCUUUCCUCAUGCCAAUAGAUGACGACGAUCAGCGCCAGCGUGUGUCGGACAGCGAAUCAGCAACCAGCUUUUCAGAUGUCAGCCAAUCAGCAGCCACCAUCACAUGGCCUGCCGGGUGGAGGGAGGAGGAUUCUGAUUGGAGGAGAGCCCAGUCGGCGUGGCAACACGGGGACACCCCGGGCCCCUGGCUGAAGCCGAGCCCAAAGACGCUGACGAAGGUUCUGAUUGGCAGUCGGCUUGGUGAGCGGGAACUAUUGGGCGGGCUCUCUCUCUGAUUGGCUCACAGCGAGGACGUUCUUCAUUGGCUGAUUCUUUUCCCCUUUUUUUCUAGGCUACUUAUAAGGGCUUUUUUGAUUGGCCUGCUGAGAGAAGAACCGCCUCUUCUUGCAUCUUAUUGGAUGAUAAUACUUUAUGAAAGCAAACUAACAAAGACUUGUUUUCGAUUGGCUGGUGGGCGGGUUUCGAGGCCUCUGAUGGGCCAAUGACAUAACAGCUGCACACACAGCCAUCAAAUUAACCAACUUUAUUUAUUUUUUUACCCAUCAUCCUUCAGUACAUCGUGAGACCUGUAUCACGAAGCAAAAUGAGCGCAUUGUCAACAGCAUGACAACUAACCAAUUACAUUACUGGAAAAAGGAGUUGUAAUAACUUUAUUAAAAGAAAAUAAUAAUGAAUUAUAUGUAUAUAGGUCAGUAGAAUAUGAUGAUCAUGUCUUUAAAAUUGAAUUUGGAAAGGAUGUACUAGCCUUAAAACGUGAUUAGCUGUAAUUAAGAACGUUUUAAUGUGGAAACGUUUGUUACCAGCUUUAAGAUACCAGCAAUAAGUAUCACUGAGUUUGGGAAUGAGAAUAAACAGAGUGAGAUAAAGUGCUUGUGAUACAGGCCCUGCUCCUCACCUUCAUCCUCCUCAUCCUCCUCAUCAUCAUCAUCUUCGUCUCCUGAACUUUAAACUCGUAUGCAAACAACAUGAGAACCUUUACUGGAGGCGCUUUCCUGUGAUUCUGUGUAAUCUGAGCAUGUGAAUAUCACUGGAAUGAUUUUUUUAUUUUUAUAAAAGCUGAAUAUGUAAAAGGCUCAAUGACAUUAUUACUAUUAUAAAAUAUUAAUAUUAUGUGAGAUUAAAUAGACCAGAGAUGA